GAAUCGCUUAAACCUGGGAGGUGGAGGUUGCAGUGAGUGGAGGUUGCAGUGAGUGGAGAUUGCCUGGGAGGUGGAGAUUGCAUGAAGCUCCAUCUCGAGGGGAAAAAAAUAAGAAAGAAAAAUCAGGCAGAGAGGCAACGCCAGGUCCCAGCUGGAGCUCAGCAGGGAGCCAGGGGAUACAGUGGCUGACCGGGCCUCCCAACCCCCCUUCUAGCACUCCCCCAGGAUCCUGGGUCCCAAUUGUUGCCCUGGACAAAUACGCCCAUUCCUGCCCCACCCACCGAGCGAGGCCCAGCCCCAGGCCCCCUACCCUCAUCACGAGGUCAGGGCUGUGUCCCAGCAUCCUCAUCACCAGGUACUUCCGGCCCUUUGCUCAGCCCCGUGAUGCUUGGCCUGCAGAGAUGGGGGCUGAAGGGCUUGGGGCAUCAAGGGGACCUGACAUCUUGCUGAGAAGCCAUCACCAGACAGGGCUGGAGGCUGGAGACUCAGGGCCUGACCUCACCAUGGCCAGUGAGGCGUGGGGUUGGGCAGGGAAGGGGCAUUCAUUCAUUAGACCCUGCCAGAAGCACCUGGGUCCCCUUCUGGGGCUACAGGUGGUGAGGCCACUGCCCCCAAGAACACAGCCUGGUGACUUUAGUGUACAAAGCAGGGGGAGUCUCCAGGGGCACAGAACAGAGGCUAAAGCCAGGGUGGAGGUGGCCAGCAGGCCUAGGAGGAGGAGAGGGUCAGGGCCACACCCCAGGGGAGGUGCAUGUCAGCCAGGGGCCACCCUAAGGUGGAAGCCAGGAGUCCCAAAGGGGCCUAGAGAAGGAGCAGGCCCCCACCUGGCUCCCGCAGCCCUCUCUGGUUCUGUGCAGGGUAUUGGGAUGCGUUACUGAGGCCCAAAUCUGCCCCACUGGGAACCCCCAAAAAAGAGCCGGGGCAGGAGAAUGAGAGUCCAGAAUGACAGGGUCCCGAAACUGGCGAGCCACGAGGGACAUGUGUAGGUAUCGGCACAACUAUCCGGAUCUGGUGGAACGAGACUGCAAUGGGGACACGCCAAACCUGAGUUUCUACAGAAAUGAGAUCCGCUUCCUGCCCAACGGCUGUUUCAUUGAGGACAUUCUUCAGAACUGGACAGACAACUAUGACCUCCUUGAGGACAAUCACUCCUACAUCCAGUGGCUGUUUCCUCUGCGAGAACCAGGAGUGAACUGGCAUGCCAAGCCCCUCACGCUCAGGGAGGUUGAGGUGUUUAAAAGCUCCCAGGAGAUCCAGGAGCGGCUUGUCCGGGCCUACGAGCUCAUGCUGGGCUUCUACGGGAUCCGGCUGGAGGACCGAGGCACGGGCACGGUGGGCCGAGCACAGAACUACCAGAAGCGCUUCCAGAACCUGAACUGGCGCAGCCACAACAACCUCCGCAUCACACGCAUCCUCAAGUCGCUGGGUGAGCUGGGCCUCGAGCACUUCCAGGCACCGCUGGUCCGCUUCUUCCUGGAGGAGACGCUGGUGCGGCGGGAGCUGCCGGGGGUGCGGCAGAGUGCCCUGGACUACUUCAUGUUCGCCGUGCGCUGCCGACACCAGCGCCGCCAGCUGGUGCACUUCGCCUGGGAGCACUUCCGGCCCCGCUGCAAGUUCGUCUGGGGGCCCCAAGACAAGCUGCGGAGGUUCAAGCCCAGCUCUCUGCCCCAUCCGCUCGAGGGCUCCAGGAAGGUGGAGGAGGAAGGAAGCCCCAGGGACCCCGACCACGAGGCCAGCACCCAGGGUCGGACCUGUGGGCCAGAGCAUAGCAAGGGUGGGGGCAGGGUGGACGAGGGGCCCCAGCCACGGAGUGUGGAGCCCCAGGAUACGGGACCCCUGGAGAGGAGCCAGGGGGAUGAGGCAGGGGGCCACGGGGAAGAUAGGCCGGAGCCCUUAAGCCCCAAAGAGAGCAAGAAGAGGAAGCUGGAGCUGAGCCGGCGGGAGCAGCCGCCCACAGAGCCAGGCCCUCAGAGUGCCUCAGAGGUGGAGAAGAUCGCUCUGAAUUUGGAGGGGUGUGCCCUCAGCCAGGGCAGCCUCAGGACGGGGACCCAGGAAGUGGGCGGUCAGGACCCUGGGGAGGCAGUGCAGCCCUGCCGCCAACCCCUGGGAGCCAGGGUGGCCGACAAGGUGAGGAAGCGGAGGAAGGUGGAUGAGGGUGCUGGGGACAGUGCUGCGGUGGCCAGUGGUGGUGCCCAGACCUUGGCCCUUGCCGGGUCCCCUGCCCCAUCAGGGCACCCCAAGGCUGGACACAGUGAGAACGGGGUUGAGGAGGACACAGAAGGUCGAACGGGGCCCAAAGAAGGUACCCCUGGGAGCCCAUCGGAGACCCCAGGCCCCAGCCCAGCAGGACCUUCAGGGCACAAGCUGGUUGAGAGCCCAUCGGAGACCCCAGGCCCCAGCCCAGCAGGACCUGCAGAGGACGAGCUGGCCAGGAGCCCAUCAGAGACCCCAGGCCCCAGCCCAGCAGGACCUGCAGGGGACGAGCCAGCCGAGAGCCCUUCGGAGACCCCAGGCCCCAGCCCAGCAGGACCUGCAGGGGAUGAGCCAGCCACGGCAGGGGAGGCAGCAGAGGUGCAGGCCGCAGAGGUGGAGUCUUCUGCCAAGUCUGGGAAGCCUUAAGGAAAGGAGUGCCCGUCGGCGUCUUGGUCCUUCUGUCCCUGCUGCAGGGGCUGGGGCCUCCGGAGCUGCUGCGGGCUCCCCUCAGGCUCUGCUUCGUGACCCGUGACCCAUGACCCACAGUGCUGGCCUCCUGUGGGGCCACUAUAGCAGCCACCAGAAGCUGCGAGGCCCUCAGGGAAGGCCAAGGCCUGCAGAAGCCUCCUGGCCUGGCUGCGUCUUCCCCACCCAGCUCUCCCCUGCGCCCCGUCUUUGUAAAUUGACCCUUCUGGAGGCGGGGGCGGUGGGCAGGGCUGCUUUUCUUAGUCUGGUGCCAAGCAAGGCCUUUUCUGAAUAAAUUCAUUUGACUUUGA